ACGCAGGUCUCCUCGCGGUUCUCACAGGAGACUCUUCAGUCCACGGUCUGCUUGUGGUGGAAAGCACAACACAUGCAGCGUAUCUUUUUCUGAAGCGCAUGUAUUUAUCUGCUGGGGAUCAAGCGCGAGAGGAAGGGGCUUUCUGUGAGGACUGCAGCAGCCGCUGAGACACGAAGGGGACAUAUUAUUUCCACACGGCUACGCAGAAGAAGACGAUUUGCUGGCUGUGAAAUGAGUGAAGCUUCGGGCCAGGAUGGUCGACUCACCGCAGAGGAUCUUUGAAAGGGAAAACGGCACAUGCAAAUCCCCUGCUCUCUCUGCUUGAGACCAACACCUGAGCUCCUGUGCUGCCUGCUGCCCUUGCACUGAUAUGUUGCUUGUCUUGUUGGGCUCCCGUUAAGGUGGAUCAGACUUUCUGAAAUAGUAAUCCAAUAUUAUCUGGGGACUGAAGAAAAGCAGAGAAAAAAAAAAGAAACCGAUAUGUAGUAUCUGUGUCCUGGUGAAAGAAACUGGAAGCCUCCCUGACCGAAAACUCUUCUCCCCGGUGUCGUGAUCGGAAGAGGGGAACAUAUCCAAACCUCCUGAUGUUGGCUGACAAUCAGGAGAUGUCGCCCUGAUUGCUGUUUUACCGGGCACAGCUUUACAUUAGCCACUAUGUCUAGCACAACAGAGAAUGGGAUCGGAGGGCCUUGGAGCAGAAGCAGAGAGAAAACAUACAAAAAGACCACAUCAUCGGCCUUGAAGGGGGCCAUUCAGCUCGGUAUUGGCUAUACAGUGGGCAACCUCACCUCCAAGCCCGACAGAGACGUGCUUAUGCAAGACUUCUAUGUGGUGGAGAGUGUCUUCCUGCCCAGUGAGGGAAGCAACUUGACCCCGGCACAUCACUAUCCUGACUUUCGCUUCAAGACCUACGCCCCGCUGGCCUUCCGCUACUUCAGGGAUCUGUUCGGCAUCAAACCAGACGACUACCUGUACUCUCUCGUAAAUGAGCCUCUGAUCGAGCUCACCAACCCGGGGGCCAGCGGCUCUCUCUUCUACCUAACCAGCGAUGACGAGUUCAUCAUUAAAACCGUCCAGCACAAAGAGGCCAAGUUUCUCCAAAGAUUACUGCCUGGAUACUACAUGAAUCUGAACCAGAAUCCACGCACACUGCUGCCCAAAUUCUACGGACUGUACUGCAUCCAGUCUGGAGGCAUCAACAUCCGUCUGGUGGUAAUGAACAACAUGUUGCCACGCUCCGUCAAAAUGCACUACAAAUACGACCUGAAGGGAUCCACCUACAAGAGACGAGCGUCCAGGAAAGAGAGAGAAAAGACCUGUCCGACCUACAAAGACCUGGACUUCCAGGACAUGCAUGAAGAAGGGCUUCACUUUGACGCAGAGACGUACAACAACCUGAUGAAGACGCUGCAGAGAGACUGUCGGGUGCUGGAGAGUUUCAAGAUCAUGGACUACAGCUUGCUGCUGGGUGUGCAUGUCCUGGACCAGAGCCAGAGAGAGCUGGGCCAGGCAGGGGGGGACGGGAGGAGACCUGUGGGUCAGAGGGUGCUCUACUCCACGGCCAUGGAGUCCAUCCAGGGAGACGGCAAGGCGGCAGAGUUCCUCACCACAGACAACUCGAUGGGUGGCAUCCCGGCCAAAACACACAAAGAAGAAAAGCUGUUCAUCUUCCUUGGCAUCAUUGAUAUCCUACAGUCAUACAGGUUCAUUAAAAAGUUGGAACACUCGUGGAAAGCCCUGGUGUACGAUGGCGACUCGGUCUCGGUGCACCGGCCCGGAUUUUAUGCCAGCCGCUUCCUCAAGUUCAUGAGCACACGGGUCUUCAGAAAGACUCAGCCUCUGCGAUUCUCCCCCUCGAAGAGGACUCGUACGUCCAUCCCGGCUCUCAAGUCGUCCUCACAGGAGAUCCUUUCACUGCAGGCGGAUGAAAGGAAGAGGGAGGACAGCAGGGACAGGCUGGCCGGAGCCUGCAGCCUGGCCAGUCUGGAUGGACAAGCUGUGUUUGGCUCUUACCUGCGUCCAGAUCUGGUUCCGGCCAACCCGUCCUUCUACGAGGGCUCCUCCAUGGGAACCAUCUCCACCUCCUCCAUCUUUGUCAAUGUGGAAAACAAAACAAAGGAGAGAGAGGACGCUGCAUCCAGCUCCACGUUUACCCUGGAAGACAGUGCCAUCUGCCUCACUUCAGAGCAGAGCACCAUGGACGUGGACAUGGACCGUGACGACGGGUCUGUUCUCGAUGUCUACUUGUGAGAAGAGCAGCUUUACAACCUUCAUUUCUUCCUGCCAAUUCAAAGACAAUCGCCACACUCCAUUGGACGGCCAGGCUGGCCCUCGACUCCACUUCCAGUGCUGCUCGAUCCAUGUCGCCACUUGUAUUGCCAACACAUGGACCUUCUUAGAUUCUCUACUGGUUGAUGGACUAAAAGAAGACACCAACCGAGUCACGGUGACGGACAUCUGCAGGAGCCGCGUGACACCGUGAAAUGUGAUGAACAUCGGGCGGAACCGAGUGUCUCUUAUUAGAGCAUGCGAACGAACGCAGUGCCAAUAAGUUUUAUAUAUGUAUCCUGUUUUCAUGGCCUACACAAAGAUCUAACUAUUUACUAUAUUGCAUAUGAAGGAGGGGGUAGAUACAUUUCUUUAAAUGUUUUUUUUUCUUUCUUUCUCUGAUUUCCAGAAUGAAAGGAAAGCAUUUUUUUUAAAGUUUGCAACUGCACACGUUGUGGAUUGAAGAGAAAUGUGUACGGUGAAAUUAUGAUGGCAUCUUUGUCACUGAAGACGGCAGCCAGCUCAGGAUGAGGAAAGACUCGCAUGAACAGAGAUGAUGGUCAUGAAACUCGGACUGCGACGCGGUUAAAGACCCUCUUUUCCCGGACCGGGCUCGUAUUUGUGCCGCCCGGACAGGAAUCUGAAGGUCAGGUGAAGUGAGAACGGACAGUUACUGGAUCUCGGGUGAAGCACGCAGCAGAGGGACGGUGGUCUCACGCUUUAUCAAAAGGCACUUUUGGUUAUUACUGUAAGAAAUAUUUUUUCUCUGAAUAUGUUGCUUAAGCAUGGGAUGGGGGGGGGGGGGUGCUAGCUGACACAAAUGGACAGUUUUGGAUAUGUGAGAGCACUUUUCUCUCUUUACUCUACAAUCGCACACCUCUGUAAGUCAUCGACACGACAUAGAACAUUUGAUUAUUUUUUAUGUGGAGCUAAAAGUGUUGUGAGGUUUUUGUCAUGACCGAAGAUGCGUUCACUCAGGACAUCCUUUGAAAGUGAUUAAGUGUCCUCUUCAAGGAGUGAGGAGACGUGCCUCAGCUGUCGAUCCCUCUUCAUCAAGACCAUGUCCAACUAUUAAUGUUGAAUUCCAUGAUCACGCGUUGGUUGAGACCAUCAUUUAUUGUGUAAAUCUCAAUAUUUUAACAUUUGCUGAAAAAAAAAAAAAAGUUGAAUUGCUGAAUGUAAAGACAAUGCAUAUUUAUAUUUAGAGGCCUAUAAAUAAAAUGCCUAAAAUGUCA